AUGACAACCUCUGCUGAUAGUGUGUUUGUGACCCGAUCGGAAGGUAUUUCCGCCGAAGGAGUGAGGGAUCAGUAUGCCGAUGGCAAAGCUGCCAAGGUCUGGGAAAUCUUCAUCGGUGACAAGAACUCACGCACGGACAACUACAAGAACUUUUUGGUGGAUUUACUGCGCGAAAAGGGCUGCAAACGUAUCCUCGACGUAGCAUGUGGCACGGGCGUCGAUUCGAUGAUGCUGCUGGAGGAGGGAUUCGAAGUGGUUUCCGUUGAUGCAUCCGACAAAAUGUUGAAAUACGCGUUGAAGGAUCGUUGGAAUCGCCGCAAGGAAAGCGCCUUUGACAAUUGGAUUAUUGAGGAGGCCAAUUGGUUGACGCUGUACAAUGAUAUUGAGGAUCAGAUCAAAAGCGGUUUCGAUGCGGUUAUUUGUCUGGGCAACUCCUUUGCCCAUUUGAUGGAUGCCUCUGGAGAUCAGCGUGAACACAAGCAGGCCAUCAGGAAUUUUGAAAAGUGUCUUAAGCCAGGAGGAAUUCUGUUGAUCGAUCAUCGCAACUAUGAUAACAUCCUGGAGACAGGCGCAACUCCUGCCAAGAGCAUUUACUAUAACACGAGUCACACGGCGGAGAUCAAAACAUCCGUUCUAUUCUACUGCGGUAAGCCAUCUUUGGUUUCCAUGGACUAUCAGAUCGAAGGUAACAAGCUGUCCAGCGAAUUCCGUCUUUCCUAUUAUCCCCAUGAGCUGAAACGUUUUACUGAAAUCCUGAGCGAGAUCUUUGGCAAACAGGCGAAACACAAGCUAUACGGAGACUUUAAGGAGAUGAGCGUUGUUCAGAAUCCAGCCUUCUAUAUUCAUUUGAUUGAGAAGCCUAAAGUUUAAGUUGCAUCACAAAUACAAUUAUUAGUUCUAUUUAGAAGAAUUUGUC